CGUUGCGUUCGUGAGUUCUUGUUUCUCCUGCGCAUGCGCGGCUCGUCUUGUAGCGCAUGGCUGCAACCUUUCACCUCUGCCGUACGUUCGUUUCUUUUUUGGUUGUUUUUCUUGUUCUUUCGUUCCGUCGGCGGCCUGGCAAGUCGUUCGUCGUGCUGCCAAACUUUGAGGAUGUCGUCCGACUCACUCAAACUCUCCAAAAACCUCCUGCGCAUGAAAUUCAUGCAGCGAGGUCUGGACGCCGAGACGAAGAAGCAGCUGCGAGACGACGAGAAAAGGAUCAUCAGUGACGAGCACUGGUACCUGGACCUGCCCGAACAACGCACGCGAGAGAACUCCAUCGUGGAAGAGAGAAGUUUCGUUCCGUUCGAGGAGCUUUUGUUCGGCCGCGUGUCCUUCGGAGGCUUCAACCCGGAAGUGGAGAAGCUGAUGGCGCAGAUGAAUCCUCGCCGGGCCCGACAGGAGGAGGCGGACGUUGAAGCCGGCCGCAUGCAGACGGACGUGACGGAUGAAGAGAUGGCGCUCAGGUACGAGAGUUUGGUGGGAAGCCUGAAGAAGAAGUUUGCCCGCAAGCGAGAGCGGGGCGCCAUCGAAGAUGGCGAAAACGACCGCCUCGACGUCAAUGACAAUGUGGUGGAGAAAAACACAAAGAGGAAAAUGUUCUUGGAGCCUGACCAUUGAUGCGUGGCCUUUUGGUUUCUUUUAAAGACUUUCUUUUUUUUAGACAAAAUAAGACCGAACUUUCUGUGUUGUCAAAGUAGAAGCGGUUUGGGAGAAAAGUUUUGACUUUGUUUACCGGCUUCCCAUUAAAGACAGCACAAAGCGG